UGCUGAGUUCUCUCUGUUUCCUUCUUCUUCUAGGCUCUGAGAAGCUCACAUUUAGUUCGCAGUCCCCACACAGAUAGAGAGAGAAAGAGAGAGUAAGUGAUGAAAGGAGAAGGGAAAAUGAAGUCGAAGAUGAAAUGGAUUGGUUUGGUUGGGCUUGUACUUUCUGCUUUCUCCAUCUUCGUCCACUUUCUGCUUGCUCGAUUUACUGAGGAUGGCAUUGCAGAUUAUCAGUCGUCAAUUACAGUGUUCUCUUGGAGACCCAUCUUUGAGAAUCCAGAUUUCUCCUCGCAGAGUAAGUCAUAUAGAAGACUAUGGGGUUCCGUGAAGCGGCUUGAAUCUUUGCACCCCGAUGCAAAUCCCAGAGGAUAUUAUGCUGAACCGAGUUCAGAAAGAAAUGGAUUUAUCUUUGUCCGGAUACAGGGUGGUUUUCAUGAGAUCAGGAACUCGAUAUGUGAUGUGGUUGUGGUUUCUCGACUUUUGAAUGCUACCUUAGCAAUUCCUGAGAUCCAAUCGACAACAAGCAGCAAGGGAAUAAGUUCUCAGUUCAAGAGUUUUGCUUAUCUUUAUAAUGAAGAUCAAUUUGUACUAGCACUCGCAAAAGAUGUCAACAUUGUCAAAACUCUUCCAAAAAAUCUUAAAGGUGCAAGGAGAAAGAAGGAGAUUCCAUCUUUUAAAGUUCCUCGUUCGGCAACACCAUAUUAUUAUUUGCACAAUGUUCUCCCUGUACUAAAGAAGCAUUCAGUGGCAGAGCUAGUUGUAUCUGAUGGUGGAUGCUUGCAGGCCAUUCUUCCUCCCCGCUUUGAAGAAUAUCAAAGGCUGCGAUGUCGGGUUGCUUUUCAUGCUCUUCAGUUUCGACAGGAAGUUCAAGAACUUGCCGCAAAGAUUCUACUGAGGUUACGUGCUCCUGGUCAACCAUUUAUUGCCUACGAACCUGGUAUGACAAGAGAUGCUUUAGCAUAUCACGGUUGUGCUGAACUCUUCCAGGAUGUUCAUACUGAACUCAUCCAACACAAAAGAUAUCGGAUGAUCAAACGAGGGAUUGUGAAGGGGAAGCUUAAAGUAAACUCAGCUGAAGCAAGAUUAAAUGGUUCUUGCCCUUUAAUGCCAGAAGAGAUUGGUAUUCUACUGCGAGCUUAUGGAUACUCACGAGACACUGUUAUAUAUGUUUCUGGAGGGGAAAUCUUUGGUGGCCAGAGGACAUUGAUUGCUCUUCAUGCAAUGUUCGAAAAUGUUGUUGAUAGGACUUCUCUCAGCACUCCAAGAGAAAUGAGUCAUCUCUAUGGCCAAGAGAUUAAUCUUGUUAGUAAUCCUCCUGGGCCACCACCAUCAAUUGAAAAAGAUGCUAAGCAAGAUGCUUGGAAGAAUGCUGGUCCACGACCUCGCCCUCUGCCCCCACCUCCAGCAAGGCCUAAAUCAUAUAACAUUGAAGGCUGGUGGGGAUGGGUUGCUGAGAGUGAUGAUGAACCUGAUAGUACUGUCAUGGAAUUGCGAACCAAUGCCCAUAAAUUACUAUGGGAAGCUAUUGACUAUGUGGUUUGUGUUGAAGCUGAUGCUUUUAUUUCUGGAUUUGAUCGUGAUGGCAAGGGACAGCCAAAUUUUGCUAUCUCGGUGAUAGGGCAUAGGCUUUACCAAUCAGCUGCGUUGAAGACUUAUAGACCUGACAGAAAGGAAGGUGCCAGACUUAUAGAAGAUCGUGACAACAUGUAUCAAGCAAAUCAUACUUGGCUAAAAUCAGUCCGAAGGCAUUUGAGAAAAGUAUUACUUGAUGAACUUAUGGAGGCAUCGAAAAAAUCAAAACAGUUAUCCUUUCUUUCUCAUCCAGUCCCUGAAUGUUCUUGCAUGAGAUAUACUUCCUUGGACAGAUCGACAACAAAUGCUUCUAGUCCAUCAACUUCAUCGCAACUUUUGACUGCUCUUGGCGGCAUUCCACAUCGGUGUCCUGUCUGGAUGGACACUGAUUCUGUUUCCCAAUUCAAAGAGAAAGAAAAUGAAGAUGAUCUGGAUGAUGACGAUUCCACAUCAUCUGGGUUGUUCUUUGGGCAAAACAGGGGAAACAAUGAAGGUGACGGAGAAGGAAACAACAAAGAUGAAAAUCAGCUUGAAGACCAAGACGAGCUUGAGGGUGGGGACCGAUGACACCAGGAUAAUGGAUUCACAUCUGCAUUUAAUCUAUACAAGUGACUGUUGCAUCAAAUUAUGCUCCAUGGCUUCAAUUUUGUGUGAUCACAUAAAAGGUCAAAUCAAAUCCUUCCAUAUUUAUACAUUUAUACUUUUGGAGAGUGAUGCAAAGAAUGCGACAGGAGAUUCAAAAGAAUGCAGCAUGUGCAUUGUCCUAUGUGAAUAUCGAGAAUUCAAAUCUGGUGGAUUCACACGAAAUGAUUCUGAAACUCUGCAAUUCUGCUCAACAUAAUGACCGCCCUCUCAGUUAAUGGAGCAGUAAACAUCCUCAUAGAUUGUAUUUAACUCAAAGCUUCCAUCACAACAAAGUUCAGACCCUUGGACCCAUGUGAAUUUUAGUGUAGCCUAGUUUCAUUUUAGUAGAUAUGCAUUAGUUUAGCUUUUCAUUCUUUGCUGGGAAAACUGGACUGGUUCUCCUGGCACAUAGAUUGUCUUUAACUGAUGUAGCUGUGAAUGUGCACUGAAAUUUUGUACCUCAUGAUACAAGCAGUUCAAC